GCAUCACUAUACAAAGCUAGUGGGCAGUACAUGUUCUCUUCACUACAGAAGGACGUGCAGUAUCAUUUUCUCAUUCUUUACUCUCAGCUACCAGCAUGUCUGUGUCUACCCUCAGCAAAGCCGACUGGUCCCAGUGGCAGAAUCUCUUUCGCCAAUACAUCGCCUUCUACAAGACCUCCAUUCCGGAGGCGCAAUAUGAGAACACCUUCAAUCGAAUUAUCGAUCCGCAAGGAGAUCUGCAUGCGUUUGCUAUUCGCGAGGAAGACGGGACGCUGAAUGCCAUUGCGCACUAUCUCUUCCAUACAACCUCUUGGUCGGAUAAGCCUGUUUGCUAUCUGAACGAUCUAUUCGUCAAUCCUGAUAUCCGUGGAAAAGGCUAUGGGAGGAAGCUGAUCGUGGCGUGCGGCAAGGCUGCCCAGGAGAAAGGCUGCUCCAAGUACUACUGGCUGACGCAGCACGAGAAUAAAGUCGCAAGGAAGCUCUACGACACAUUCGGAGAGUCAGGGUUUGCGGAGUAUCGAAUCAAGUUGCCGAGCGACAAAUGGUGAAGGGUCUGGAGGAAAGCUGGCUGUAUCAUUUCCAAAGCUCUUGCGCGUUUAGAGAAAAGACUUCUUCUGUCAAAGCAGCGGCGUCGGUCCAUUCUAUGCAUCGCUCGACAAAUGGCCGUACGUCGAGCCCGUCGAAUCGUGUGUGCGGCCAGUCUGAUGCAAAGACUACUCUAUUGCCGGCUUUCUUCAACAGCUCGCGUGCAAUGACCUCGAUGCCGCGCAUCUCUGGGUCCGGGUCAAAACGAUAU